UCUUUCUCCUCCUCCUCUUCUCCCGACUUCUUCUCCUUCCCCCCCUUUAUUUCUUCUUCUUUCUUCUCCCGCGAAGGGAGGUCGCGAGCUCGGGAGAAGCCAAGUCGAGGCCGGCGGCGCCCGCGACGGCCGGCCCUCUCCUUCUUCCCGCGGAGGAGGCAUGCGGACGGGAGAAGAAGAAGAGCCCACGACGCCCACCAUGAAGCAACCAAAUUUAGUGAAUUGCACCAAUCCCCUCAUGAGUCAUGCCAUGUCUUCAUGCAGGACUUUUGUUGUUUGACUGGCACCUUGCAUAUAUUCAUCUUCUAGGAUUUGGGAUGGGAUCGGAGAGCUUGAAUUUGGAAGAGAGGUUAAGGUCACUCCUCCUCCAGCUCCAGACUGAAUCUGGGAUCCUUGAUCGGAUAGUGUAUAAGGGCAAGAAUCAGCACCGCCGCUGCUCCUACUUCCAGUACCUCCUGAAGGUGAGAAGGGACGUGAGGCUUCUACUGUCUGCGGGGCUAGGGGAGGUUUUGAAUGUCCUUUUCCCCAUUAUUCAUGGCAGGAAACCUGCUCAAAAUGCUUUUCAGAAGAUGCGGCAAAAGAAAAAAUGCCCUAGUGGAAAGCAUAACUACCAAGAACGACUCUUGGGCAUUGCACGCUUAUUAUCGCAGAUGGCUGAACCCAUAUUGAAGGCGGCAAUCCAGAUAUCUUUGUUACUUGCAAAGUCAUUUUUCACAGGAUUUUGUAUCAUGACGUUGGCUUUGCUUGCACGGCUUCGAGUUUUGGUUCAACAAAUCUUAGUUGAUGUAGUUUUGGUAUUCAGCAAGGUCUCCUCUCUCUCACGGAAGAAGCAUUCUGUCAAACUCACUCAGGAUGGGGUAGAGGCUUUCAGGGACUACCAUCCCUCAGGUGGGGAUGUUCUUAUUUUAGAAUGUGUCUGGGAAGAAGAUAAGUUUGUCUUGUCCGAGAGGACAGAGAGAAGCAACGAAAACAAUCAAGAUGAGGAUUUCAGUGCUCUUUCAUUGGAGACAUCUCGUCAAUAUGAAACUAUAGAGCUAUUCAGUGAAGUCCUAUGCACUGCAAAUGAAGUCAGUUCAGAUAACAUUGAAGUGGAAAUACCUGCCAAGGACUCAUGCUCCCAUCGCGUAGAAUCUGCUGUAGAUUCAUCUGAAGACCAAUCAAAUAUAAGUGAUGAUAAAAAUAUUGUGGACUAUAAAGAUGGAAAGCAGUUGGAAAGCCAGGAGGUUCCAAGUUCCGCUGCUGAAGGAAUCCUACCUGUGAGUGUAGAUUCAUUCUCUGAGACUGGAUCGAGGAAGAAAGUGGCAUUUAUUCCUGUGCGAGAGUCGAAAUCCUCUGAGACGAGCACUUGGCCAAACAAGAAGAUGAAGUUGGAGAUGCCCUCACCCAAUGCUACAGGAACUGAAGAUUCUUUUUUGGAUCUGCUGAUGUCUGGAAGCAUGACUAAAUCUAUUUUUUGAUUAGUCAUGGUUUAGUUGGGCCAAAUUGGUUUGGGGAUGGUAAUAGCAACACAAUGAACUUUCUUAUCGUACUCACUGAUUGUUCGAUGAUGGGGGAAUGCUAUGCGGGAGUAGGUGAUAUCAGAGCAACACACCUGGCAAUGGUAUCCAGUUACGCUUGAGAAACAAUGUUCCAUUUUUUUGCAUCAUUUUUUUGGCUAAAGUAUUGCAAACAGCAUAUAUAAGUGCCUCAAUUUUCAUUGGAAGGUACUGCACUCUUUUCAGCUUAGCAUCCA